AUGGCUGCUCAGGUUGGCUCGACGACACCACGUGCACCAAUUGUUAGGUCGCGACUGGUGCGACUACGGUGGAGCUUCAUCUUGUUUCUCGUCUUGGGUUUAUUGGCAAUUACUUCGGAAAUCUAUAUCUUCGAAAGUCUCCGACAAACCUGGUUUUUCUCAAAACCUAUCUCCAUCAUGCGCAGUCUCGUUUUGCUUUCCGUGACAGCCUCAGUGCUGGGACAAACCCCGGGGAACUCCUUCUAUCCCCCAACGCUGAAUGAUACAACAUACAUCAACAACAGCUCAAUCGGAACAUAUGGUGGUAUCUAUGAAGCUCCAGCCAGUGGUCCGACCGGGGGAAGCCCCUACGGGACCUACGACUACUGUUCCAUGCCGCAUCCUCGUUCGGAUGAAUACGAGCUGCCCAAAGCUCUAACCAACGGAGCUAAGGGAAAGCUUGUGUACCUGGAGUAUCUCCAGCGUCACCAGCGACGAACUCCGUACAACAUUCUCCCAGGUGGGGAGAAUCAAGCAUAUCACUGCGACAAUGUGCGCCCGUAUCUCUACGCAGGCCCCAACAGCGCAAGUGACAUCCAGCCCAUGCCAAUGUAUGCACAGACAUAUCAGGACCCGACCAACCCAUUCACGCCCGGCGUGAACGGCACCUGUCAGUACCCCCAGAUCACCAUCGGAGGAGUCCAGGACGGGUAUCAACACGGUAAAGACCUGUGGAGCGUCUACGGCAAGAAGCUUGGAUUGAUCCCCAAGAAGCCAAACAACCGCGUCUGGUUCCGCUCCAGCGAGUCCGCUCUCACGCAGGCCUCGGCUGGCACGGUCCUGCGCGGCAUGUGGCCUCACUAUAAGGGAGCUCUGCCCCUGCACCAGAUGGUUUCAUCUGUGAAUACCGUCAAUGCAGGAUACUCUUGUCCUGCUGUCGGCUCUACUCUGUCGAGCAUGAAGUCUACUACUCAGUGGAAAGAGCAUCUGGCUGUCACCGAAGAGUUGCGCUCGAAGCUAGGCGCUAUGUUGGGGGCGACCGACAGUUCAUGGCAGAGUACCUUUGAUCACUUUGCGGAUAACUUCCAGGGUCGCCUUUGCAAUGGCUAUGAUCUGCCAUGUAGUCUGUCGAAUUCCUCAGCCUGUGUCACAAUGCAGAUGGCUGAAGAGGUCUUCCGUGCUGGUGAUUGGGAGUGGAAUUACUACUGGCGCUCGAACCCGGAUGUAGUCAAGUACAUCCAGGUUGUCGAGGGCUUGUUUAUUGGCGAGAUCAUUUCACGUCUACAAGCUGUCCUAGAUGGGAAGUCGUCCCUUGAUUACAGUCACAUCUUUAUUCAUGAUGGGGAUAUCGGUCCGAUCCUAGGUUCUUUGGGAAUUGAGACGCUUCGUUGGCCUGGUAUGGCAUCAAACAUUGCUUUUGAAGUUUGGGAGACGAAAGAUGGGAAGCAUGGGGAGUCCUUCUACGCCCGGGUUUUGUAUAGUGGCCAUCCCAUUCGAAGCAUCCACGGUCCUCUUGACUGGGUCCCUCUCUCGAAGCUGAUUGAUAUCAUGAGCCCCUACGUCCCGGAGGAUAUAACUUCUCUCUGUGGAUAA